GAGCUACUGCGGCUGUUUGCACCCAAAAAACUGCCCAACGGAACAGCCUACGAGCAGCAAUACGACCGCUUUUUCGAUGUCGAUGUGCGCGCAGCCAUCUACGCGAACACGCGCUCCAUCAGCUACAGUCCCUCGUCAUCGACUCUGGGCUACAAAUCGCUCAAUCCUUACGUGCCCAACUAUGCGGCUGGUCCACUUGCCAAGAGGUUGCUGAACAUUCCGCUGCCCGACAAUGGACUGGCAGCUGGUUCGCUGGAAUGGUACUACUACGAUUGGACGCAAAAUUACAACGUCAGCCUCUUCAGCGCCAUCUCAAAGCACGCCCGAUUCAUCGUGGAAUUUGGCAUCCAUGCCUUGGCCUCUGUUCAUGCCUACGAUCGCGUCCUACCCAGCGUGGAGGACUUCGCGCUCAACUCUACGGCAGUCAGAGUACACACCAAGCACACGCCAGCCGGUAACCUGUCGUACCCCUGGCCAGCUGAUGAUGGUCAUGGAGAGAUGACGCACAGCGUCGAUCUAUACCUUCCACCUCCUACCGUGCACAACAACGGAACCUCCAUCACGAAUGGCGACACCGGCUCUCGCGAGCUCUUCGACAAGUGGGCAUACUCUACCCAAAUCAUGCAAGCGGACUACACCGCUCAGCAACUACUGUAUUACAGGCAAGGCGCUGCGAGACCCGAGAACAAUUUUGGCGCCAUCUUUUGGCAAGGCAACGACGUGUGGCCAGGCGCCAGCUGGUCGUCAAAGGAAUUUGGUGGUCGUUGGAAACCCAUGCACUAUCUGGCAGCGAGAACGGCAGAUCGCGUCGUCCCAUUCGCCCUGUGGAAUGCGAGCGCAAAGACGCUCGACCUGUGGGCUCUGUCUGACAGCAACGAGCAACAGCAUGUCACCGCCAAUUGGACCUGGUAUAGUUGGGAGGGCUCCCCAAUCGUCGCGACGGUGUCCAAGGAGGUGGACAUCCUUGCCAUCAAUGGGAGUGCUUUGCAGCUGAAUGAGACGAUCCCGCAGACGAAAAUUGGAGCUGAUGGCAAUACGACCAUACCGGCUUGGCUUCACCUCACCCUCAUUUCGGACCAACAUGGCCGUUCCGAGACUUUCUGGACACCGCCGGGCACACUUCAAAAGGCACCUCUUGCUGACCCCAAGAUGCAGGUGCAAGCCACCGAUGAGGAUGCCGCUUUUAUGAUAUCCUCUCCAAGGGACGCCAAUGGAGCGGCGCCCUGGGUCUGGCUGGAGCAUCCUGAGGGUGUCGUGGGAUACUUUACGGAAGAAUUGGGACCCGACUCAGCGCCUAAAGCCUCAAAUUUGUUCUGGCUGACCCCUGGGUCUUCACGUCGAGUCAAGUUCGUUGUCCAGUUUGAUCGCACCGAUGGGGCUUGGAAGCGUGGCAUUACGGCGCGCAGUGUUUGGAACAUCGCCCACUAG